AUGCGCACAUAUCAGCAAGUGGUGAUAUAUAUCAUACCCCUACUUGGCAACCUAAGCAUCAUCAACCUAGUCGUGGUGCUCGUCCGCCUUUACUGGUUUGAGACACGAUUCAAAGAUAUUGUCCGGUUGUCGCGCCAGUGUUCAUUCGAUCGACGUCAUUCUGUCGAAUCAUCCGAUGAAAGGGGAAGAGAUACGACUACUCUCCGAGAGAAACUCGCCACAGGGAAAAUACGGCAUAUCAGAAUGUCACGGUUUCGUUCGGGGAUUAGCAGCAGAAGUAAGACAUCUCCCUCUGAAGCUGAGGGAAUGAGGCUGCGUGCUACGGUUGCUAAUGUAAACAAUCCUAACUCCAACAACAUUAUCGAUCUCAACAGCGACAGGAAUGAUAAUACAAAUAUUAUUCAAAAUAAAAAUGAUGAUGAUGGAAUCACCCUUAAUGGGAACAUGAAUGAAAAAGAGGAAAAUGCUACAAAGGAAAUGGGCGGUUCAAUUACUUCCACUACCAUUCCAGUCCCAGUUUCCCCUUCUGCUCCUCCAUCGAAUACACAGCCUGUAAUGAUUGAUCAAAAUAAUUCUUCGCUGGACAACAACAAGACAGAGCGGAGCGUGCCGCCAACGCAUAUUAGUUUCUCAGUUGAGACGAACUUGGAGCGUCGGGAACGGGCACUACGGAUUCCAGGUCCUAGAGAAUUUGAGAGUGGGCAAACCGUUCGCGAGGUUGAUGAUGACGACCUGAUCAAAGUCGUGAGCACCGAGGAGCCGCCAUCAUCAGGCCCUUCCGGGGAUCACGAUCGUCGCCGCCUUCCCACCAUGGAACGGAUUUUUUCUCGUGCCGUCUCCAUGGAAUACGCUGCCUCAAAUGCCUUUAUUCUCGGGAAAGCGUCCCACAAACGCUCUCGAUCUAGGUCUUCUAACCCGGGAAGCCGGUCAUCGUCAAAGGCUAGACAGUCCCACAAUAUGCCGUAUCUAUCUUAUCAGCCGACCAUAGGACGUAAUUCGAGGUUUUUGGAUUUGACCGAUGAGCAAAGGGAUGAGUUGGGGGGGAUUGAGUACCGUAGUUUGAGACUGUUGGCUAAAAUUGUGUUUGGUUACUACGUGUUCUGGCAUGUAUUCGGUGCCAUCUGUCUGAUUGGCUGGAUUCACAAUUCAGACCACAAGUAUAGGGACUAUCUUCGAUCAGUUGGCCAGAGUCCAACCUGGUGGGCGAUAUACAGCGGAAUGACAACCUUCAACAAUCUCGGAUACACCCUUACUCCUGACUCCAUGAUCAGUUUCCGUGCAGCUACCUUCCCCAUCUUCCUUAUGACAUUUCUAAUCUACAUUGGCAACACGGCCUACCCCUGCAUGCUCCGCCUGAUCAUCUGGCUCCUGUUCAAGCUGUCCCCGCGAAACUCCAGGAUCCGCGAGCCCCUUAAUUUUCUCCUCGACCAUCCCCGGCGUUGCUUCACCCUCCUUUUCCCCUCCAGCCCCACCUGGAUGUUGUUUUUCAGCCUUGUAUUUUUAAACUUUAUUGACGUUCUACUGUUUCUCGUACUAGACUUGCAUAAUGAGGAGGUCCUGGGCGUUCCGUCGAUGUGGAAUCGGUUUCUGGCCGCUCUGUUUCAAGCGGCGUCGGCGCGGACGACGGGGACGAACACAUUUAGUAUCUCUAAGGUUCAUCCCGCUGUGCAAUUUAUGCUCAUGGUGAUGAUGUAUAUUUCCGCUUACCCAAUUGCCAUCAGCGUGAGAAGAACAAACAUCUACGAAGAGACCUCCCUUGGCCUCUACGAUUCCACAAGCGAAGAAAUUGACGAGUCGAAUACCACAGCCUCGUAUUUGGGCACACAUCUGAAAAAGCAGCUCGCGUUCGAUCUGUGCGGAAACGUGGGCCUCAGCCUCGGUCAUACGGCUAUCAACAGCGGUCUAACUACCAGGUUCACCGUGUUGGGUAAAUUAGUAAUAUGUGCCCUGAUGAUUCGCGGUCGACACCGUGGAUUGCCAUAUGAGCUUGAUCGUGCUAUUAUCCUCCCCAGCGAAAGGAACCCCACAGAAUCAAGCUCCCCAAGGCAGGUCGCCGUCUCUACCGCACUAAAGUCGGCAGAUACGACUAUUGCCGUCUCGUCGCGGUCGCGGACUACGUAG